AGCCAGCGCCACAGACAGAGAGGAGCGCACAGCUUUUUAAAAGUUGUGUGGAAUCAUGGAGCUACGUGGGGUCAACUUAUUUCUGUUUUUAUUUAUUAACCGAAUAUUUUACAGUCUCCAAUCGAAAGAACAGGUAUUGCUGGAUAUGAAAGCUUCAGGAUCAGAGUUGGGAUGGUUGACGUUGCCAUAUGGGAACGGGUGGGAGAUUGUCCAGACGGUUGUAAAUGGCUCACUUUUUUAUACCUACAGUGUUUGUAGCAUAGACUCUCCUGAUCAGGAUAACUGGUUGCGCACAACAUUCAUUCAGCGGCGCCCAGGAAUCAGCCGCGUCUCUGUGGAGCUGCGUUUUGUUGUGCGAGACUGCAACACUUUUGACAAUGCUUAUGUCUCCUGCAAAGAAACCUUCAACCUGUUCAUUUCUGAGGCUGACGCCGAUGUGGGAACCAACUUCCGUAAAGGGCAGUUCCGCAAAGUGGCCACCAUUGCUCCUGAUGAGGUGACCCGGGGCCGUGUGCUCAAGGUCAAUACAGAGACGAAAACGGUGGAGCAACUGUCGAGAAAAGGCUUCUACCUGGCAUUUCAGGACAUGGGGGCUUGUGUGGCACUGCUGUCUGUCAGAGUGUACUACAAGACAUGCCCCUCUACCGUGCAGAGCUUGGCAGUCUUUCCGGAGACUGUGGCAGAUGCUCUGAGGAAAGUGGAGGGUGCCUGUGUGGAGAAUGCCAUCAGUCAGACCACCCCACACAUCUACUGCACAGCUGAGGGUGAAUGGGUGGUUCCCAUGGGCCAAUGCCAAUGCCUCCCAGGCUACGAAAACACAGGGGAUUCCUGCCAAGAAUGCAAACCAGGCUACUUCAGGCCAUCUGUGUCGAGGGAAUUAUGUCAAGUUUGUCCUGAUAACACCAAGCCCUCUGCAGCCGGUGCCACUGAGUGCCUGUGUGAGGAAGGUUUCUUCCGCUCCCCGUCGGACCCUCCAUCCUCAGCUUGCUCUGCUCCACCCAGUGCCCCACUGGACCUCACUUCCACCACCCUGUCAGCAGAAGGCCGCCUGCUGUUGUCCUGGAAUCCACCUCUGGUGACCGGAGGCCGCCAUGACCUCACAUACAGUGUGACAUGUGAGAUCUGUGACGAGGCUUCCUGUGUUUCUUGUGGUGAGAAGAUUCACUUUGAGACGGGCCCUACAGACCUGGAAGACACCACAGUCGUUGUUACUGAUCUGGAUUCUCACCUUAACUACACAUUCACUGUGGAAGCUCAUUCUGGGGUAUCACAGUACAGCACCAAGAGGAACUCUGCGGCCAUCACCACUGCGCUAGAUUAUACUGAUCCCCCAAAGGUGACAUCGAUCCAUCUGGAUGAUCGUAGCCCCACCACUCUGUCUCUGUCCUGGACUCUGUCUCGCAGACCUCCAGCCCACAUUAAUCACCGCUAUGAGCUUAUGUACCGCAGAAAAGAUGUUGACGGCGAGCGUGAUGUGACCACCUACACUGUCCUAAUUUUGGAGAAAAACUCAGUCCAGAUUAAUGAUCUCACCCCAGAUACUACUUAUAUGUUUAGGGUUCAGGCACUGAGUCCUGAAGGCAUGCCUGGAAGCUAUAGUGUGGAGCAUGAGUUUCAUACUUCACCAUUAGCUGAAUAUCAGAUCCAGGGCAAAUCCACCAUGGUGAUGGGAGCAGUUAUUGGAGUGGCUGUUAUUCUGCUUGUUGUGGUGGCCUUCCUGUUGCUGCGUAGACGGCGACUGAGCUCUCGUGGCAGAGGAGGACCUGAAGAUCCCUACUUUUCUACAGAUCAGCUUAAGCCUCUGAAGACAUAUGUUGACCCACAUAUGUAUGAGGACCCUAACAUUGCCAUCCAAAAGUUUGUCACAGAAAUUGACGCCAAUGCAAUCAGUAAACAAAAAGUCAUCGGUGUAGGAGAGUUUGGGGAAGUGUUUCGGGGUGUGAUGAAGACUCCAAAAGGGGAGGUGACUGUAGCCAUCAAGACUUUGAAACCUGGCUACUCAGAGAAACAGCGGCAGGACUUUUUAAGCGAGGCCAGCAUCAUGUGUCAGUUCUCACACCCAAAUAUCAUCCACCUGGAGGGAGUCGUCACCAAAUUUAAACAUGCCAUGAUAGUGACAGAAUACAUGGAGAACGGAGCUCUCGACACAUAUCUUAAGGAUCAUGAUGGAGAGAUCCUCUCGUAUCAGCUUGCGGGAAUGCUACGAGGAAUAGCUGCUGGAAUGAAAUACCUCUCGGACAUGAGCUAUGUUCACCGGGACCUGGCUGCAAGGAAUGUCCUGGUCAACAGCAAGCUGGAGUGUAAAGUGUCUGACUUUGGCCUGUCACGUGUCCUGGAGGAUGAUGCUGAGGGGACUUAUACAACCAGAGGAGGUAAAAUCCCCAUCCGCUGGACUGCCCCAGAGGCUAUUGCAUACAGGAAAUUCACAUCAGCCAGCGAUGUGUGGAGCUUUGGUAUUGUCAUGUGGGAAGUCAUGGCAUUUGGAGAACGACCCUACUGGGACAUGAGCAACCAUGAGGUCAUGAAGGCUAUCAACGAGGCUUUCAGGCUUCCUGCCCCAAUGGAUUGCCCUUCCGCUAUCUACCAGCUCAUGCUACAAUGCUGGCAGCAUGACCGCUCUAAACGACCUCGCUUCUCAGACAUUGUUAACAUUUUGGACAAACUUCUCAGAAAUCCAGAGUCCUUAAAAACCAUCGCUGACUUUGACCCACGCGUGUCCAUCCGGCUGCCCAGCACCAGCGGCUGUGACGGCACCAUGUUCAGAUCUGUGCCCGAGUGGCUGGAAUCCAUCAAAAUGAGCCAGUACAACGAGAGCUUUGCGCGUGCUGGAAUAACCACCAUGGAGCAGGUGGUCGCUUUGAGACACGAAGACAUAAGGAACAUUGGAGUGCGCUUGCCUGGUCACAUGAAGAGGAUAGCUUACAGCAUCCUGGGCCUGAAAGACGAGACCAGCUCCCUCAGCGUGUUUGCAGUGUGAUCUAAGCAUUCCUUUAAAUCAAAGUGCACUGACCGACCAUGCCAUUUCACUCAUGGACGUCUAGGACUGCGGUGGGGGGGACUGAGCCACGCUGCAGGGUUUUUUUGUCUGUGGCACAGUGUUGCGUGACUGAAGAUGACCCUCCAAAUUACUCAGAAAGGACUGAGACCAAACACAUCCAUGUACUAUAUGAUAAGAAAAGAGGAUAAUUUAUCUUUAUAUAAAAUGUGUAAUAUGUUGAACAUAUACAGUUUAUGUUAUGUAGGGAAUAAAACUCAGUACUUGUUUUUGUAUUUACAGAAUGACUGAAAUUUUCAAGGCUCUUUUGUGAUAAAGGGCAACUUCCUCCAGCGUCUGUGGAUCCUUCAGUCUUUUUCACUUUCUGUGUUUGAUGAGGCUUUCUAAGAAAUUUUGGAAUUGUUAUUCCACUCAGGGCAAAGAAUCCCACAUUUUUAUAUUUGCAGUUUGUCGCUUCAUCGCACCUCUCCAUGUGUUUGUUUACAUCACUUCUUAAUACAACUGUUCAUUUUAAUUUAUUAUUUAUUUUGUUUUAUAUUUAUGACAUUUAUUAUAUGAAAUAACUGAUCUGGUGCAUGUUUGCCAGGUGGUGUAUUUCUGUGUUUGAAUAAAAUCAGUGCUGCGUU